UUCACGAAAAAGGAAAAGAAAUUUCCAGAUUUUCAAAUACGCGAAUUUUACACCCCUUCCGAAAUAGGCCUGCCAGGCAGCACGACUUUCUUGCCACUGACUUUACAACGUAGAGGAGAAAAAUAUACCAUCCCGUGAACGUCUUUCCUGGGGGUGCGGAAAUACGAAAAAGAGAAUUAACGCAAAAUUGGGGUAUAAGGAGAAAGCGUAUUGCGACUGUAAUGUUCGAGCAAAGGGAUUCCUCGAAGGAGGCGCAAAGCAAAAGCGAAGACGAAUUGUCUGCGGAGGACCUCAUCCCAAGCUUCCAGGACAUCUGGGACAGUCUGGACAAAUAUGAUGAAGAGUACACCCCCUCGAGUGAAAUCCAGAAAUAUCACAAUUCUUUGCAGAAGAGCCUGUACAACAUUCUAUUUUCGAUUAAAUAUUUUCACGAGUUAAAUAUUGAUGCGCAAUUUUUGAAGCUCGUGAACAGAUAUGUGAAGUUUAAAUUGCAAGGAAAUCAAACGGACGAAAAGGACAUAUCCAGAUUAGCAAGGUUUCACUUAAAAAAUCAGAAAGAUGACGAUGAGGACGAAUUGGUCGUGGAUGAAGAAGUGGGGGUCUUCCCCACCAAAUGUCCCAUAUCGCAAAUGCCUUUUGAAAACCCAGUGACGCAACGGUUUAGCAAAAAUAGGAAGGCAUGCGUGCACACGUUUGAGAAAGCGUUCAUACUCCGAUUGAUGCAAAAUAAAGACACCAUCGAAUGCCCCAUAGCAGCUUGCAAAAAGAAGGUCUACAAAAAUAGCCUGCACCCCGAUUACGAAUUUUUGCAUCAUGCAAGGUACAAAAAAUUCCGAGACAACAUUACGGAGGCGAAGGAAUACUUCGUCAAUCUGAGGAACGACGAGAGCAAAGGAUUCGACUUCGUUGAGUAAGGCAAGUUCAAGCUCUGGAGCAGC